AGAGGGAAAGCCCGCCGAUUACACUCUGUCCGCUCACGCAAGCACGCACCGCUCCUGUCCGAAAGAAGGUGAACGGACCGACCGCCGUAACCACCGUGCUGUGUUUGCGCGCUUGUCGCGCGGCUGGGAUUACACGUGCAGUGCUGUCAACUACGCAUUGAUUUCCUCUUCUGCGACGGCUCUGCUGUCUUCGCGUCCAGCGGACAACAACGAUAACCAUGCGGAUAGUGUUGGUUUUGGCGCUAAUGCUAGGCGCCGCGUCGGCUGGCGAUGAUAAGGACGACGACAGCUUCUCCAUCGGCCUGGGCGUGCUGUCGCCAUCCUACCGCCAGAAGAUCGGCCCCGACGGAAACACCAAAGUCGACUUCAACCAGGAGAAAGACGGCUUCUCCUACUCCGUGAGCAGCGGAGAGCCGAACGCCAAGACUGCGUCGGGCGGCGUGAAGCCUUACUCGCACAUCACCUUCAGCCAGCAGUUCCAGGACCCGGCCGCCAAAAAGCACGCCGGGGCCGGAGGCGCCGAGCUGCAGCAAGUUGCCCAGCACCAGCCUGCGCAGUACGCAGGACAGCAGGCGCAAUACGGUCCAGCGGGUGGUCAGGCUGCUGCGUUCAGCCCUGCCUACAAUCCCGGUCAGCCAGACGCGAAACUACAGCAGUUCGUGCCUUCCGCCUUCCCUGCAGGAGCCCAAGCCGGUGGCGCCGGAGGGGCCCAGUACGCGGGUGUUGCACCCCAUUACGCCGGUGGAGCGCCACAGUAUGCCGGAGGAGCUCCUCAGUACGGUAGUGGAGCUGCACAGUACGGCGGUGGAGCUGCCCAGUACGCCGGUGGAGCUGCCCAGUACGCCGGUGGAGCUGCCCAGUACGCCGGUGGAGCUGCCCAGUACGCCGGAGUCGGCGGCCUUGCACAGUACGGAGGUGCACCCGGUCCGGCAGUUCAGUACGCGGCCACACCGCAGGCGGCAGGCUACGGAGGCGGCAACUCACUGGCUGCGUUUGGCGGCGCUGGGUACGGCGCUGCGGCGCCCCAGCACGGCGGGGCACUGAAUACGGACCAGAACGCUGCCCUGGCUGCCGUACAGCAAGUGCUGAACGCUGAGCGACAGCGGCAGCAAGCCGCUCCCCAGGCCCAGGCGUACACGGCGCCUCAGGCCCAGGCGUACGCUGCGCCACAGGCCCAGGCGUACGCUGCGCCGCAGGCCCAGGCGUACGCUGCGCCACAGGCCCAGGCGUACGGUGCGCCACAGGCCCAGGCGUACGGUGCGCCACAGGCCCAGGCGUACGGUGCGCCACAGGCCCAGGCGUACGGUGCGCCACAGGGAGCGCAGGGCUUCGCUCUGCCUCAGCACCUUUUCGCAGCGGCACCGCAGCAGUCUUACGCCGCGCCUCAGCAGUCGUACGAAGCGCAACAGCAGCAACAGCAGGCCUACAGCCCCGGGGUUCACGGCAGCGGACAUGCUUUAGCUUUCGCCUAUGGCGGCGGAGGAGCCCCUGGCGCGGGCGCCGGCUACGCGGGAGGCUACCAGCCACACGCCGGAUACGCCGGCGCGCCCUCGGCCGCCGACACAGGAUCCGGCCCCAAGUAUGGAGCCCACAUCUUUGGCCCGGCACAAGCCUUUGCUCCUCCGCCCGGUGCUAGCCAGGGUUACGGUGCCGGUGCUAGCGGUGCCGCCUCCGCUCUCCACGGCGGCUACAACGGCGGCGCGGCGGCAGCUGGUUACGGUGGUGGCGCAGCGGCGGGAGGCUACGGCGGUGGUGGCAGCGCGGCUGGCGCUCCUCAGGGCGUCGCUCUGCAGACGGGCCCCGGAGGAGUCAUCACCGGCGCUGCGCUCCAAGGAUACGGAGGCAGCUCAUCGGCGGGUGGCCUGCAGGCCUAUGGCGGUGGACCCCUCGCGGGUGCGGCCUACCAAGGCUACGGCGCAGGAGCGGCUCUUCAAGGCUAUGCCGCGGGAGUUUCUGGAGCUCAAGGGGUCUCGUACAGCCCCACCGCAGCGGCUUACGGCGGCGCCCAGCAGGCCGGAGCACCCGGCGUCCACUAUGCCUCCGGUUCGACGCUCAGGCUACAGGCGGCUCCGUACGCGGCUGCUCUGACUGCCGCCGGUCAAGGAGCGCGCGCCGGGGGUCACACAGCCGGGCCAGGAGGAUACGGCGCCGCUUCGUCCGCCCAGUUGGCGGCGUACCGGCCUCAGGCUCAGCCUGGCUAUAAGGACAAAAAAUGAAGCCCGUCAUGAUAGCGUUUUUCUUGUCAAGGGACGCUGUGAGAGAACAACAGGACGGUUUGAACUGCCGCUCGCUAAUCCCGUCAUCGGGGCCAAAACAGCGACUCCGUAUUUAUUUUGCCCACGUCGCGCUGUUUGUAGUUGCGACUGUUCGAAAGGUUCUGUCUCUCGCGCUGUGUAGGCCACUCACAUUUUUUCUUUUCUUUUUUUUUUCCUUUUUUUUUUGCGAAAGCUGUCGGUUGCACAAAGGAACACACGUUAGCUGCUCCCCUGAGCUGGCCGAAGCUGACGAGGAUUGUCACCCGGCAACUUGUUAUUUCCAACAGUAUGGGGCUGGAAUUCAUUACAAAACCAUUCUAGCCCAUCAAGAAGGCUUGAUUUCAAAACUGCGCUGCACCGUGGUAUAUAUCAGGAAAAAUUCAGCGCAUAGCAACUUGUGUAGUCAUAAUAUUUGCUUGAUUACAACCGCCUCAUCGGGUUGCGUACUCCCCGUCCUCUCCCUGACGCCUAUACAUUUAUCAAAGGCAUCUUCAGUACAGACUUUUACGCGAUAGACGAGUUGUCAUGCACUCCUUCAUGGCAUCAUGCAUUCAAACGGCCGUGUGGUGCGAGUCCGUUGUUCACAAACCACGACAUCGCAUUCGUUUCGCAACCUCACUGACGAAGAAAGCACUGCGCAGCUCCGAUCAUGAUUUAUAAUUUCGCCCAAACAGCUUGGCGCUGAAACUAGCAUAGAAGUGAUGGGAUAUACUGCAUUUACCUGGCUAUUGGCUUAGUUGAGCCUGUACUUGCGGCUUCUUUCAUCAUGCAAUUUAAUCCCCAUUUUGCGGCCUAAUCACACCACAGCGUUACUUUACGGUGGUGAAAUGUUUAACGUUGAGAGGUAGUUCAACUUAUUUCAUAACUCUUCUUACAUUAACUGUAUGACGAUUGAUCAUAGUACGCUGUCGUCCUUCAUGAAGCUAAACUCGGGCAAUGUUUCCACUGAUCGUUAAAUCUGGGUGCCAUUUCAAUAGCUACGAUCAUGUGGCGAUAUUGUUUAGUUUACUUUUUUUUUUCUUAUCGCCUGAAGAGUUUACUUGGAUUGAAGUUUGGAAAAUUUGAAGUUUUUGCUGAAGUUCGAAUUAACCUUGCCAUUGCGAGUAAGAUAGCUGCGAUAGUAGAUUAGCUGAAGCUAUAAGGAUGUCCCAAGUUGAAAUAAAUAUAUAAAUUAAAGAUUCUCCGCCUUUCCCACGCUCAGCGGCCACGCCUCCCGCGGACUCCAGUUGACUCUAUGGCGGAAACAUGCGCUCUGAGAACAAAGGAAGUGCGUCCGUUGUGCAAGAAUGACUCUUGUGUCCCAUGCAUGUUUAGCUCUAUUGCCGAGAGUUCUCGCACCAUGGAGCACAAUCACAUUCUGAUGGACGCACAUCGAGUAAACGCACUCCACUGUGGUGUAUAUAUACGAUUACUCCAGAAAAUAGUGUUGGACACGACACGAGCAGUCAUUCCCGCGCAACGAAAUCGCCAGCAAGUCAUUACAUUUAUAUAGAGUCGUACUGCGCGCGGUCACUGUUUGCCCAGGCGAUCGGCACGCGCUCAACGGCGCAGUGAGGGUCCUCUGCUCCGCCGAAGCGUGACUGCAGCGCCCGUUCAAGAAAAGAUUUUGGGCCGCACUGCUGCGUGACUUGUACAUACAGACCGUGUCAGUGUGCGGCCGUGUGCGACGCUGGACACCGAGCCCGAAGACGCAGGGAAAGAGCUUUGUGCGGGCUCGGGAACACCCGGUGUGCCCCAGCUGUGCCCUGCAUUACUGGGUGCCGUAACCUCUAUCUUGCCUCAAUUAAUCGGUGAUUAAAAGUUCGUGGUGCCGUGUGCAAGAGUACCCGCGCCCCUGUCAUCCGUCUAGUCUCGUUUCAUAAUGCACUCAGCAGACUCCGAGUAACUGUUCUUCGGACAACGUUGUUCAGAGGAAAAACAACAAACAUUUAUAAUAUGAUUUAUCACGUGACUAAUAUUUUCGUGCGAGGCAUGAAGCUGAAAUAUGGCUCAGGGCAAAGCCAUCGCGUCCAAGGGGCGCUGGUGCACACCGGGAACUCGUCGACCGUCGUGCUGGCACGCCUGACGUCACGGCGCCUUCUUUCGCGACGGAUCCUUUCUCUCUCUCCGUGUAUUUAAUCCCUUUGAACUUUUCUUGUUUUGUUACUUUCAACGUUCUGCUUGUUGUAUUGUUUGAAGUUUUGCUAUACCUUGCAACUGUCUCUCUAUGCACGCCAUUGUGGUAAGUGUGGUUGAAUAAAGAGGCAUGGAAAAUGCUGUUUUCAUA